AUGCCCCAGCUCGAUGAGGUUAGUUACUCGCGCGAGGCGACCAUUGCCGCUGUUCGAGAGUACUACCGCUUUCUUACCCGCAUGUACCUCAACGAGUGCUACGUCGCCGAACCCCCCGAAGAGGGCUGGCCUGAGAUCAACACCGAGGCCCUCAGUGGGUUAGGAAAAACGGACGAAGUCAUCUCGUUGCUCCGCCAUCUUCCUUACAUUCGGGCCAGCAGUGACUGGGUUUAUGAGGGUGCCCCCGGAUGUCGCUUUGCUGAUUGGCGAGACAUCGCUCACUCCAUCGCCCUCGGUGAACUGCCGGCCGAGGAUCUGAGAAGCACGACCGAGGGUGGGCUCCCGGAAUCUAUAUCCCCACAUGUCGUCGGCCUCACCGAUGGCGGGUUCCGUAACCUGGCAUUCCUGCUCGAUACCAAGCUCGGUAUAAUCUACUGGGACGACUGCCACAGCGACAUCAAGAACAAUCCCCCUCGGGAGCCCAUCAUCGGUGACGAGUACGAAGACGACUCCGACGUCGAGAUCAUGAAUUGGCGCCUGGAUGAAUCAGUUGCGUGGACUAUCCCCGAUUUCUUCGAGAUUCUCAAAGGCCAGUUCCGGCAGCUGAAUUAUGUUCCCAUCAGCCCGCGUAAAGUGUACCAUGCCGACGUCAUUGAGCAACUCAUGUCUAGGGCGGGGCAAGGCAGAGAGGGCCUCCCCAUGGUGCAGGCCGUUUAUCGGGCACACGGGUGGCCAGAUAUGGAACGCUACCGCAAGCAGGAUUGUUUGAAGGCAGUCCAGGACCUGUUCGAGGAACGCUGUCCGGACUACGCAGACUCCCGGCGUUAUGAUGACGAGUGA